AUGUCAAAUUCCACUGUUCACGUCUUCCCUGCGCCCAUUGGUGGCGUUCCUUUCCCUCAUGAUUUUGCCCCCGCCUUGAUCUUCACGAUACUCUAUGCAAUCAUCUCUCCUAUUGGGAUCUGGCGAAUGGUCGACAAACGUUCACGGACGCUCGCCAUCCUCGGUAAUGUGAUCAUCUGUAUAGAGCGAGUCGCUGACUUCGCCAUCCGUGCCGCGGAGGCCGAAAAGCCCAGCAUCCGAACCACGCAAUUCUUCGUCAGUUGGCUGCAGAGUGCCUACGCCAUGGGCUACCUCAGUACGACAACGGAGGUCACCAACCUCGCGCGGCUGUUCCUCAGCUCUACUACCGAAGGCACUUGCCCUCCUCCCAUCAAGCCCCUGCCAUUCGACCGGCAGUUUUCCCGCACGGACAGCGAAGAGCAGCCACUUACGGCAUCCGGCCCCAUCGAGGAUGCUAGUUCGUCCUAUAGUGCGCUGCCUGCCAUCGAGCAGGAGGGCUUUGAGGACCAGCCGAGGCUUCGUGUUGUGCUGAAGCGGAUCGGUUGGUUCAUUCUCGCACUGCGUAUUUUGGCACUGCUCGCGGCCGUGGGAUCUGGCGCAAUUUAUUAUAAUGGCCUUCAAAGCAUCAUCAUGGCAUUCGUCAUAUACCAGACUAGAUAUGCCUCAGCGGUUCUGACCCUGCUAAUUCAGGUCAUCUGUCUCGGUUUGCUCCUUUGGUCGCUGAUCAUGCGCUCCAAGCGGACUCCCCGCGGACCAGCGUACUUUGUCUGCAGCAUGAUCAUCAUCAUCAUGAUUCCCACCAUCUACCGACUAGCAGUCAUGAACAACUGGACCAUCUCGCUCACGUCGACGCUGCCCGGGUCGCUCAACGGCCCCGCGGCGAAGGCGCUGUUUUACACGUUCCACAUCGCGCCGGAAUGGGUCGUGAGUACGAUGUUGGUUGCCGUCAACAUCAAGGAGAUGUACAACCUCGCCGGCGGCUGGAAGUCACAUUGA